CCGGAGGAUCCGGGCGCUGUUUUGGAUGGGCAGAGGAUUCACUCUCUGCGGUCGUCGUCUCUGAGUUGCUGAGGUGCCAGGUGUGCGUGUCUGUGUAGCCGCACAGAUCUUCAGCUCUCCUGCUCACUCACACACCCUCCUGCAACAUGGCGGCGGCUUCAGUGAAGGUGGCGGUGAGGGUCCGACCCUUCAACUCCAGAGAGAUGUCGAAGGACAGCAAGUGCAUCAUUCAGAUGUCAGGGAACACCACGACGAUCCUGAACCCUAAACAGCCGAAAGAAAACAAGAGUUUCAACUUUGACUUUUCCUACUGGUCACACACCACUCCCGAGGACAUCAACUAUGCGUCCCAGAUACAGGUGUACAAGGACAUCGGGGAAGAGAUGCUGCUCCAUGCCUUUGAAGGCUACAAUGUGUGCAUAUUUGCAUACGGCCAGACAGGAGCAGGAAAAAGUUACACCAUGAUGGGACGACAGGAGAAGGACCAGCAGGGAAUCAUACCUCUGCUUUGUGAGGAUCUUUUCACCAAAAUCAAUGACAGCAAUAACGACAACAGCAUGUCUUACUCUGUGGAGGUGAGUUACAUGGAGAUCUACUGUGAGCGUGUGCGUGACCUGCUCAAUCCCAAGAACAAAGGAAACCUGCGUGUCAGAGAGCACCCUCUGAUGGGACCAUACGUUGAAGACUUGUCCAAACUGGCCGUCACCUCGUACAACGAUAUCCAGGACCUGAUGGACUCUGGUAACAAGGCCAGGACUGUGGCUGCUACCAAUAUGAACGAGACCAGCAGCCGCUCCCACGCUGUCUUCAACAUCAUCUUCACACAAAAGAAGCACGACAUGGACACGGAGAACACAUCAGAAAAGGUCAGCAAGAUCAGCCUGGUGGACUUGGCUGGCAGCGAGAGAGCCGACUCGACCGGAGCUAAAGGCACCAGACUGAAGGAAGGAGCAAACAUUAAUAAAUCUCUUACCACUCUGGGAAAAGUUAUAUCUGCUCUGGCUGAACUGGACUCAGUGCCAAACAAGAACAAGAAAAAGAAGAAGGUGGAGAGUUUCAUUCCCUACAGAGAUUCAGUUCUGACUUGGCUACUGAGGGAGAACUUGGGAGGAAACUCUCGUACAGCCAUGGUGGCCGCCCUCAGCCCUGCUGACAUUAACUACGAUGAGACACUCAGCACCCUCCGGUAUGCUGAUCGAGCCAAACAGAUUCGCUGUAACGCCGUGAUCAAUGAGGACCCCAACAACCGUCUGGUGCGUGAGCUGAAGGAGGAGGUGGCUCGCCUCAAAGACCUGCUGUACGCACAGGGUCUGGGAGACAUCAUAGAGACGUAUCGUGGCACCGGCCCCGUCAUCGCUGGUUUGAAAUACCUGUGCGAUUACAAGAACUUUGUGAAUAAUCGCCAGGCUGUCAAUCAAAGGGGUGAUCUCUCCGCAGUGUCCAAUGCCAUGACAGGAAUGAGUCCCUCCCCGUCGCUGUCGGCGCUGUCCAGCCGUGCAGGGUCCAUCAGCAACCUCCAUGACCGCAUCUUCAGCCCAGCCAGCGAGGAAGCCAUCGAGAGGCUCAAGGAAACUGAGAAAAUCAUCGCAGAGCUCAAUGAGACCUGGGAGGAAAAGCUGCGACGUACUGAAGCCAUUCGUAUGGAGAGAGAGGCCCUGCUGGCUGAGAUGGGUGUUGCCAUGAGGGAAGAUGGAGGCACUGUGGGCGUCUUCUCCCCGAAAAAGACGCCUCAUCUGGUGAAUCUGAACGAAGACCCGCUGAUGUCAGAGUGUCUGCUGUAUUACAUCAAAGACGGCAUCACCAAGGUUGGCCGUGAAAAUGCCAAAACUCGCCAAGACAUUGUUCUCAGCGGCCAUUUUAUCAAAGAUGAGCACUGCACAUUUAGCAGCACUACGGGCCCUCAGGGAGAAGGAUGCGUCAUCCUGGAGCCGUGUGAGGGGGCUGAGACGUAUGUCAACGGGAAGAGAGUGAGCUCUCCCAUUGUUCUGCGAUCUGGGAACCGCAUCAUCAUGGGAAAGAGCCACGUGUUUCGCUUCAAUGACCCUGAGCAGGCUCGUUUGGAGCGAGAGAGGACGCCGUGUGCUGAGACGCCGGUGGAGCCCGUCGACUGGGCCUUCGCUCAGAGAGAGCUGCUGGAGAAACAGGGCAUCGACAUGAAGCAGGAGAUGGAGCAGAGGCUUCAGGAGCUCGAGGAUCAGUACCGCAAAGAAAGAGAAGAAGCGAGUAAUUUGCUGGAGCAGCAGAGGCUGGACUAUGAGAGUAAACUGGAGGCGCUGCAGAAACAAGUGGACUCUCGGUACCUAGAGUCCCCAGAGGAAGAGGAGGAGCCUGAAGAGGAAGUGCCGUGGACGCCUCGUGAGACCGAGUUGGCUCUGUGGGCUUUCAGGAAGUGGCGUUUCUACCAGUUCACCUCUCUCAGGGAUCUGCUUUGGGGCAAUGCCAUCUUCCUUAAAGAGGCCAAUGCUAUCAGUGUGGAGCUGAAGAAAAAGGUUCAGUUCCAGUUCGUCCUGUUGACAGACACUCUCUACUCGCCCCUGCCCCCCGACCUGCUGCCCCCCAGUGUGGCCAAAGAGAGGGAGAGACGACCUUUCCCCCGAACCAUUGUCGCCGUGGAAGUGCAAGACCAAAAGAACGGAGCCACACAUUACUGGACUCUGGAGAAACUCAGGCAGAGGCUGGACCUGAUGAGGGAAAUGUACGACCGUGCUGCAGAGCUCCCCAGCAGCGCUGUGGAGGACUGUGACCACGCUUUGACCGGAGGAGACCCCUUCUACGACCGCUUCCCCUGGUUCCGUCUGGUCGGCAGGGCUUUUGUGUAUUUGAGUAACCUGCUGUACCCCCGGUGCCCCUGGUACAUCGCGUGGCCCAUCGUCAGUGAGAAGGGGGGAGGUGAAAGGCUUCUCCGAGUGGCUGUGCAGGCCAUCUCAGCUGAUCCGUCAUGGAAGCUCCCCCCGCAGCCCAAGAAAGCUCUGUCCCACCUGAAGAUCGGCAGCACCUUCACCUUCAGAGUCACCGUCUUACAGGCGUCCAGCAUCUCAGCCGAGUACGCCGACAUCUUCUGCCAGUUCAAUUUCAUCCACCGCCAUGACGAAGCUUUCUCCACUGAGCCGCUGAAGAACACAGGCAGAGGACCUCCGCUGGGAUUUUACCAUGUUCAAAAUAUCACAGUGGAGGUGACAAAGUCGUUCGUGGAGUACAUUAAGACUCAGCCCCAUCUCUUCGAGGUGUUUGGUCACUAUCAGAAACAACCAUUCCCUCCGCUCUGCAAAGACCUCAUCAGUCCACUGAGACCUUCCAGGAGGCAGUUCCCCAGAGUGAUGCCCUUAUCCAAACCAGGUUAUGCCGCCACGAAGCUCAGCACGCUGACUCGCUCCACUGCAGGACCUUGUCACGCCAAAUAUGACCUCAUGGUCUUCUUUGAGAUCUGUGAGCUGGAAGCUAAUGGAGACUACAUCCCAGCUGUCGUUGACCACAGAGGCGGGAUGCCCUGCCACGGCACUUUCCUCUUACAUCAGGGCAUCCAGAGGAGGAUCACAGUAACCAUCGCUCAUGAAACAGGAAAUGACAUUGAGUGGAAAGAGGUGAAGGAGCUGGUUAUUGGUCGCAUUCGAAACACACCAGAGGCUGAUGAGACCAUCAUUGACCCCAACAUCCUUUCCCUCAACAUCCUGUCCUCUGGAUACUUCUGGCCAAAACACAACGACAACGUCUCCUUGGGAGUUGAUCAUAGAACUUUUUACCGAUUUGAGGCAGCGUGGGACAGCUCCAUGCACAACUCUCUGCUGCUGAACAGAGUCACUCCCUACGGGGAGAAGAUCUACAUCACCCUCUCUGCUUAUCUAGAGAUGGAGAACUGCACUCAGCCGACAGUGAUCACCAAAGAUUUCUGCAUGGUGUUUUAUUCCCGUGAUGCGAAGCUGCCGGCCUCUCGCUCCAUCAGAAACCUCUUCAGCACCGGCUGCCUCCGACCAUCAGAGAGUAACCGCGUCACUGGGGUUUAUGAAGUCACACUCUGCCAUGUGGCUGACAACGGAAGUCCGGGUAUGCAGCGUCGUCGCAGGCGUGUGCUGGACACCUCAGUGGCUUACGUCCGAGGAGAGGAGAACUUGGCAGGAUGGAGGCCUCGCAGCGACAGCCUCAUCCUGGACCACCAGUGGGAGCUGGAGAAACUCAGUUUACUGCAGGAGGUGGAGAAGACCAGGCACUACCUGCUGCUGAGGGAGAAGCUGGAGGCGACUCUGCAGGCAGGACAGGAUGCGCUCUACAAGAGCAGCGACAUCAGCGAUUUCGCAAAGAGUCCCGUCCUCAGCCACAGUCCCAGCAGCAGCCCCGCCCCCGACAGCCCCAACCAGAGGCAGAGGGAGCUCGCUGCCAAGUGUCUGCGUCUGCUGAUGCACACCUUCAACAGGGAGUACAGCCAGGUGAGCAGCAGUGCCAGUGAGAGCAAGCUUUCUGAGAUGUCGGCGUCGCUGAUGAGAGACUCCUCGUCGUCUGGACUGAGCACACUCACUCCGUCCUCUACCUGCCCCUCACUGGUCGAGGGAAAUUAUGACAUUCGACACACUGAACCCAGUUCAGGAGCUUCCACACCAGAUCUGGACCCGUACAGCCCGGUGGACAGAAAGAAAGUUCUCCGAGGAUGCACCUUUGUUCCUGACAUACAGGAGAUCCGCGUCAGCCCCAUCGUGUCAAAGAAAGGCUACCUGCACUUCCUGGAGCCCCACACCAGCGGCUGGGUGAAGCGUUUCGUGGUGGUUCGCAGGCCCUACGUCUACCUGUACCGCAGCGAGAGAGACAGCGUGGAGAGAGCCGUCAUCAACCUGUCGUCUGCAAAGGUGGAAUACAGUGAAGACAAACAGACCUUGCUGCGGACUCCCAACACGUUUGCUGUGUGCACGGAGCAUCGUGGGAUACUGCUGCAGGCCACCAAUGACAAAGAGAUGCACGACUGGCUGUAUGCGUUUAACCCUCUGCUAGCAGGCACCAUCAGGUCGAAGCUCUCCCGGAGAAAGUCGGUCCAGUCGGCCCCGCCGGUCCCGUGUGCUCAGAGGAUGUGAGGUGAACCGACUUGGUGGAAAACAAACAAAACAAUACAAUCUAAAAGCUCCACUCACCAUCCUGCGCUAAUGAACAUAGACCAUUUAAACAAACUUAUACACAGAACCACUUAAAUAACCUAUAUGACGACCGUCCCAAACAUCACUCGAUUGCUCAUCCCGAAACCCAACGUCCUUUCCCUCUUUUUGCAGUUGCCACCUCCAAACCCUGCAUGGUGUGCCUCCUCCUGACCUUUAGAAGAAACAUAAGACAAACUAACCACCCAAACCCGUUCAUUAACUUACCUCUGCUGGGCAUCGGGACAAGUUUUGAUUAGCUUUCAUGUAGAAAUCCAUCAGCUGUGAGGCUCCCAGUUCCCUGUAUAGAGUUAGUAUGUGGUCAGUCCCUCCUUCAUUCAUCAAAAUAAGUCCCAGUUUUAAAUCAGCCGUUCAUGUAUUUCUAAUUAACGCCAUCAGGUGAGGGGGAAAUUGCAAACAUCAAAGCGGAUGUUUCUCUUUGCAGAAGUGUGUUAAGUGCAGGAACGAUCGCUUCACAUAAAUCCAUCAUACACUGUACAUUACCUCAGCUCGGAUCGGCUUGGUGCUCUACAGCAUAGAGUAUUGGUUUCACUGCAGAGGUUUCAGAUAGCAAACAGUCGUUUUAACACUGAAGUAGCAUGAGGGAUUUGUUAGGACUGAAGGGUACGUUGUUACUGUGUCGUCUUUUUUUCUCAUGAAAACUGAGUUCGUUGGCUAGAUUAAGGCAAAAAUAAUGCAUUAUCAGGAGAGAUAACUCAUGUCCUUGCCUUGUUCUCAUUACGUGCUUCAUUUUUUUAAAAAAAAUAAUAAUCCCUUGUGCAUAAAACCAUAAAGAAUAAUGUUAUUUAUUGUUGCUAAUGUUGUUCUUAUUUAUUUGUGACAGGACCACUGACUAGUUUUGAUGCAUGGCACUUUAUUGUCUCUAUUGAGUUAAUGUGUAAUUUACUCAGCUUUUUUUAACCAAAGCAUUAUUUUCUUGUUUUAACUGUUUCAAAUCAUUGUCCACUGUGCUGCUGUGUUAGCAGGCAUUUAGGCUGUUAAAGAAAUAUUUUUACAUUUUGGGAAGUGCACACAUAUGCUUUCUUAACGAGAGUUCAAUGACAAUGUUGAUGCCACUCUUUACUGUCUGUACGGUAAAUAUGAAGCAACAGCCAGCAGCCCAAUAGCCUCACAAAAAGACUGGAAGCAGGGGAAAACAAUUAGUCUGCCCAGAAGUGACAAAGUCGCCAACCAGCACCUCUAAAGAUCACUAAUGACAGGUUGUAUCUUGUGUGAUUAAUUUGUACUACUGAAGAGAAAAAAAGGACCAGUUAAGAUUUUAUGGUGGGUUUUUCGCCUGGAUAUUUCUUGGCGACUUUUGGGAUAAAUGAAGAUUUAAAGAAGCUUUAAAGAAGCUGUCUCUCAAAUUUUUUUCAUAAAGCGUACAGUGUCAUCACCAUAUGUGGACGAGAGGGUGGAGCUGUUGGAGGAGCGAGGGGUGGAGCUGACUCACAGAGUGUGAUGACGCCUCGCGGACAAUCUGUCACUCAAAGCGGGCUCACUCUCAGUUAUGAGUAACUUUAAGCCUUGGAAAAAAAUAAAUGGGUACAUUUUACUAUAUAUGUGAUGUAUCGGGCUGUAAAUAUGUUUAUUUCCGCUGUUAAGUUGGGCAUUUCAUCACAGGGAUUGACUAGCUUUUAAAGCCAGCCUCGAGCGGCCAUCAGAGGACUUGCAGUUUUUUGCACCUCUGUGUUGGUUUUAUUUUUCAGUCCUGGAGUUUGCCACUUGAUUUUUGUGGUCUUGAGAUAGAGUGAGGCAAGCUGUUUACCCUUGUUUCUGGUCUUUUUUUGCACUAAGCCAACCAUGUUUUUGGUACAAACCAGAACUCACCAUCCUCAGAUGGAGGAAGCAAUACCUGUGCCGAUCUGUCGUAUUGAGUUUCCCUCCCUCAGUGAACAUGGUUAGUUGCUUAACUUUCAAGAAUAUUUCCCAAAUUGUUAACUAUUUCUUUAAACUAAUCAAAUAUACUAAUAUGAACCUAAGAUAUUUUACACAAUAAAUACACCUGGAGGACAACUGUUCUGCAUGUGGGCAGUAAAUAAGCACUUAUUCUAUCUGUUUUGGGCCAGCAGAGUUGCUACAGUAAAUACGUUUACUAUUUAAGUCUCCUCUAGUAGCUUAAUGGAAAGUCAACCAUGGACCUGUUAUCUGUUGACGGCAGUUCCUUUGAGUGGGCAAGAGCGUUGUCCAUGCACCAGAUAGUGCCUCCCUUUCUUCACCUCUUUUUCUUCUCUCCCUACUUCAACGUUGACAUCAAACUUAGUUACACGUGUCCCAGAUCAGGCUUUUAUGUAGAAUCAGAGUAGAUGCUGUGAAUCUUUUUCUUUUUACAUUGAUGAUCAAUGUUUUGGAGAGUAAAUAUUAUCAAUGAUGCUCUAUAGUAUGUUGUUAUAGUAACAGUACAGCGUAUAUCCCAUUAUCACCGAGUGUAAAUGUUGCACUUAAAAGAAAUGUCCCCUCUUAGCUUUUGUACUGUAGCUGCUACUAGAUAUUUGACAGCUUGACGCUUGUGUUAGACACCAGUAUGGUACGAUUAGCUCGGUGUUGUUAAGACUUUUACGUCCAGGGAUGGUUUCAAGUUGCUUUUACCUGCUGUCUGUUACUUUGCAUUAUACCAAGAUGACUCAAAUGUUGGUUUGAGACCAAUAUUAUCAGUGAAAGGAAAAAUACAACAAAAAAAUACUUAGCCUUUUCUAGAAAGAAUGUUUGAAGUAGCUGUAUUAGGAAAUUUUUUAUUUUAUUAUUUACAUUAAAGGGAUAUUAUCUGCAUCUUUUUUUACUUUCCGCUUUUGUAAAUCUGUCAAAGACGUGGUCAGCCAGCCAUUUUGUCUGUUUCUUAUGAUCAGCUUUUUGUAAAAACUGACUUAUAAUCAGAAAGUAUUCAGGACUCUGUACGCCACAGGCCAGCCAACCUGUUGAGCAACGCAGCCUCAUACUUCUGCACAAAUUCUGACUGAUAAAACGUUGUUGUUUUUUUUACAUUGAACUUUAGAUUUGUUGCUCUUUGUGGCUUUGACUUUGAAAAUGUCUUCGCAAAAAAAUAUCUGUGAUAACAUCAUUUAUUUUUGGGUCAUUUUGGUAUAAUCAACUUGUUUUUUUUUGUAAAAUGCUAAUAAAAUAUAUACGUUAUGUUGUCUGCUGGAACAGAAGACAGAUGGAAAAUUUUAUUUAUAAAGUUUAGAAUGACGGAUUAUGUUCUUAAAGUAUAUUGCACUCAUGCACAAGGCAUCUUUAUUUAAUAUGAUUUCGUGUGACGAUGUUUUAAGAAUGUAUGGAAAGUACUGGUUUGUGUUUAAAAAAAAUAAUUUCGACUGUUUAGAUUCUGAAACUGUGCCAUUUUUUGCUUCAGCAAUCAAACCAACAACAACAACAACACUGCACCAAAAGUCAUUGAUUUGCUUUUUCUUUGUGUACAACUGGCAGACGUGUAAUGCAUCCAGCCCUGAUAGCUCAAGAGUAUCAUGUUUAAAAAAAAACAUUUUGUGCGACAGUUAUAGUGCACUGGCCAAUAAUGGUUGAAGAGUUAAUGAGUUGAUUAAUUUAUAUUUGGCUGCUUUUUAACUGUCAUAGCUCUGGAUCGAAGCAUGCAGGUCCACCUAACUUCUGCUGUCUCUCUCUCCUGCCUUACCGCUUGCUAAUGACAACAGCUUUCCCCCCCUGAAGUGCUGCUUGUAAAGUAUUGUCAUUCAUGAUCCUUGUACUGACUAACUGGAAACCUUCCUCUUGGCUCUGUCUUGUAUAUAAAUGGAGAUUUUUCUGUGUUGGGUCUCAUCACACAGAUGAUAUUAACUCUCUCUUCCUCUGUAUACCAUGAUGAAUAAGAAUAACUGGCCUGCUGCUUCGUCAAGCAUCACCGCAGAGCUAAGAGUGCUGAUCAGGGAUCAGUUUUGCACAUUUCAGCUCAGUGUGGGUGAGGAGGCCGUCGUGGACCGGGUAGAUGAUCCCAGGUUUGCCGCUUUUGCUCUGAGCUGCUUGACAGAAGCAGAAACAGGUCUCUCAGCCUGUGAUGAAGUCUUAAUCUCAGUGCUCACGUUUAUCUUUUGAGUGUUCUGGAGUUCUUUCUCAUGUCUGUUGACACGUAACAAAAGUUGUCAAGAAAAAAAAUAAG